AUGCGAAUAGGGCACUCUGUGUUCUUUCUCUUCUUCUUCUAUGUUGGAGUAUUUUCAUUUGAUGAAGAUAUAGAGACACGGACAAAUCUUUUCAUUCAACAGCGGUUGAUUCCAGCCUUGAAAGAAGCUCACAUUACACACGUCAACUUCACUCGACUUCGUCUAUGUCACUGCUCGACAGAAGAUGGAUGUAACUCGAGAACAACUGGAUGGGUACCAAGUCUUACAUCCAAUGUCACGGAAAAAAUAUUUUAUAAAAACACCUGUUACACGGAUGGACACUGCUAUCAGAAUGCACGACCAAGCCCAGAACUUUCUCAUUUCGGAUGCAUGGAUUCAAAAUCAUUGACGGACGACAACGAUUUUCAUGACACCGCCGCAAAAGUUUGUUCCAAUACAACUUACGGCAGUCUCACAAGUUAUUGGGUUUGCUGCAACAGUGCAAACUUUUGUGCCAAUGAAACAGUCAUCACUCUGCCACCUCUUCCACAAACUGUUCCGUAUUGGGGAUGGACUCUUAUCACACUUGGAGUUCUUAUCUUCAUUUUUGGAUUGUGUUAUCAAAUUCGAAAACCUUGGGAAGAGCAAUGCAUAUGUUUUCUGAGAUCCAAAAUCAGUUCGCUUCAAACACCACGAGACUUGGAAAGGAACAAAAGCAAUGCUAACAAUAUGUCAACACCAUCAGAAAGUCAAACAUAUGAUCAAAACCACACGAUGAGCACGACUCUGGACCGUGAUAAGACUGCUUGUCUAGAUGGACUGCCUCCAGGGACAAGAAGUAUGCUACUGGUUCUGGAGGAAUCCGACAGUGGAUCUGGUUUUGGAUCGACAAAACUUCACGUAGCAACGAUUUCGAAACAGAUUCGACUGGGAUCUAAAAUCGGAGCAGGACGUUUCGGAACUGUGUCUCGUGGAACUUUCAAAGGAGAAGCUGUCGCUGUAAAAAUCUUCAGAGAUGCUGAUCUACUUUCCUUUGACAACGAAAGAGAGAUAUUCGAGACAAGAAUGUUAAGACACCCACAAAUUCUUCGUUUUAUUGGAAGUGAUCGAGUUGACAAAGGACUGUUACAUGAAUUAUGGAUAGUGACAGAGUAUCAUCCACUUGGAUCUCUUCAUGAUUUUCUACUGGAGAAUGUCAUAACUAUCGAUAUUUUUAAUAGUUUAAUCACUUCUGCUGCUAAGGGUCUCGCAUUUCUUCAUGACGGUUACGAUGGAACCACCAAUUCAUGCAAACCACAAUUUGUUCACAGAGACGUGAAAAGUCGGAAUAUUAUGGUUAAAGAAGAUUUAACAUGUGCAAUUGGAGAUCUCGGGUUAGCAAUUGUAAAACCGCCUGGAGGAACUAUUCCGCAACACAUUGCAGAGAAAUACAAAUGUGGAACUGUUAGAUAUCUCGCUCCGGAAAUCUUGAACAGCACAAUGUCGUCAUAUGAGUUUGAAAGCUAUCAGAGGGCUGAUGUUUACUCAUUUUCAUUAGUAAUGUGGGAGACAUUAUGUAGAGUUGAAGAGGGCGAAGUGAAGGCAAGAUCUGCCGAAACAGUGAUACCAUAUAUUGAAUGGACUGUAAGAGAUCCAACUGAUGAACAAAUGACUGAUGUUGUUUGCACAAGGAACUUGAGACCACCGGAAAAUCCGCAAUGGGACGGGAAUAAGAAGAUCCAAUACGUAACUGAAAUAAUUCAAUCUUGUUGGAGUGCAAAUCCAACUGCCCGAUACACGGCGUUUCAGUUGAAGACACGAUUGGAUUAUAAAAUUUCUGAAGAAGAAGAAGAAGACAACAAAGAACAACUACAACAACAAGAACAACUGGUACAAGUACAAGAUGACUAUGAAGAUGAAGAUGAAGAUGAAGAAGUUGAUGCAGAAGUGGACGCUCAAUUCGAUCCAAAUAAACGCCUGCCUGGGCCCCGAAGGUUCUCGAUGGCCGGUAUCAAACAAUUACAGAAACGGAUAUUCGGUGCUCAGUCGAGAGAUAUUGAAAUGGUUCCAUUGGCAGGUAUGGCUUCUCGAGGAAAUGCUAAAGUCCAUGAUCAAGAACAAUUAGAAACAAAAAACGGGACGAGGACUAUUGAAAACACAAAAGAUCCAAAAGAUCCACUUCUUAGGAAUCUUUGA